UUAAAAUGACAGUCUCAAGUUCGUGUAGGAGGAGAAGGCUAAUUCGAAGAAACAGCCAGGCAAGCUUCAUUUCCCUGUAGGAAUAAUUAUCAUCCCCCUUCACCAUGGCCCACCUGGGAGCCCAUUUUGCCUUCAGAUCCCGCUGGCAGAAGACCGACGAUGAACUCUGUCGACAUAGCAUGUCCUUUAUCCUUCACAAAGCCAUUCGCAAUGACUUCUUUCAGAGCUAUCUCUACCUGCUGGAAAAAAUUCCCCUGGUGAAAUUGUAUGCUUUAACAAGUCAAGUCAUCAAUGGUGAGAUGCAGUUCUAUGCCAGAGCUAAACUUUUCUACCAAGAAGUACCUGCUACUGAAGAGGGUAUGAUGGGAAAUUUCAUUGAACUGUCCAACCCAGAUAUCCAGUCUUCUCGGAAAUUUCUUAGGAAAUUUGUUGGGGGCCCUGGGAGAGCUGGAACAGACUGUGCUUUGGAUUGUGGCUCUGGGAUAGGAAGGGUCAGCAAGCACGUCUUGUUGCCGGUUUUCAACAGCGUGGAACUGGUGGACAUGAUGGAAUCAUUCCUUCUUGAAGCCCAGAACUACCUGCAGGUCAAUGGGGAAAAGGUAGAAAGCUACCACUGCUACAGCCUACAGGAAUUUACACCCCCACUGGGCAGAUAUGAUGUCAUCUGGAUUCAGUGGGUCUCUGGGUACCUGACUGAUAAAGACCUUCUUGCAUUUCUUUCCCGGUGCCGAGCGGGCCUGAAAGAAAAUGGUGUCAUCAUACUGAAGGACAACGUGGCUCGGGAGGGCUGUAUCUUCGAUCUCUCUGACAGCAGUGUGACUCGGGACAUGGACAUCCUCCGGAGCCUCAUUAGGAAGAGUGGGCUGGUGGUGCUGGGCCAGGAGAAGCAGGAUGGCUUUCCAGAGCAGUGCAUCCCAGUGUGGAUGUUUGCACUGCACAGUGAUGGACAUUCCUGAUGGGCAGUGGGAAUGGACAGCUGGACUGCACAGUGGUGCUUUAGGACAGAGGUGCUCUCCUCAUAAUUCAUGAGGGGAUGGAGAGAAGGAAUGCAAUGCAUGUCUGGAAAUGGUUAAUGUAGUAUGUACAAAUUUCCACUAAUUUUAUAAGGAUAUACACACAUUCAGAUUUUUCGGAAGAUAAUAGAGUGAAACAUCAGGAAAAAUGUUUUAAGAACUACUUGUGUACACCCAAACUAUACAAGUGUACACAAAAACAGAAAAGAGAUCAAUGUUCACAAACUGCCUUGUCAGUGAAGAUUUGCAUUAUGGAGUAUUCUGGAAUAGGUGGGGUAAAAAGUCUAGACUCCCUUUCUCUGCCCUCAUGCUAGAUACAUUCUAUUUCCUUCCUCUUUGGGACUAUCAUUCUCUUGGACAAAAGUCUCACCCUAAUUAAGAAGGCACCAGUCAAAAUAAUCUCAUGAAAACCAGUCCAUUGCUUAAUUUUGUCUCUAGCCUUUCUCUUCCCAGAAAAAGUAUAUGUGGUUUCACUUUCUAUUUUGGGUCAAAUUCACCACCCGAUGAUGUAAUAUGGAUGUAAUUUGAUAACAGAAGUCUACAUUUCAGUGAUGAGGAAGUGUCUCCUUUCAGGAAAAAAAAUGUUGUACAUUGCAAUUUCAGCUGCAAAUAUGUAAGUAAAUGUCAUUGAUAAUCUAAUUUUAACCAUUGGACUUCGAUACUGUUUGCUUCGUUGCAGCCACUCCUGUUUCUUUCAUUGAUAUGAAUGUACACUGGAAAGAGAAGGGAAAUGAUAAAUCUGAAAACUAAGCUAAGUGGAUUAAUUUAAGGCAUUGGUUUAAUUAAAAAUAAUCUAGGGAUGCCUGGGUGGCUCAGUUGGUUAAGCAUUCCACUCUUGAUUCCUGCUCAGGUCAUGAUCUCAGGGUUGUGAGAUUGAACCCUGUGUCAAAUUCUGUGCUAGGCAGAGGAUCUUAUUUCUCCUUCUCCCUUUGUCCCUCUCCACCUCAAAAAAAAAAAAAUCUAAAAUCAUUCAAAUACAAAAUUUAAUUUUUAUUAGCAGAAGGUUUAAAUAUAACUGCUUUAAGGCACUCCAUUAUCUUCAUGUUGAAGCACCUAUUUGUAUAUUGACAUAAUUUGUAUUUUGAUACAUAUUGAGUCUUGUAUGAGAUACAAAAUAUCAAUUUAAGUAAAGAAGGUCUACUGCAUGGAUAUGCUGUAACCAUAAAAAUUAUACUUGUAUGCCAGAGCUCUAAUUUAGGAGUAAAACAAUCAUUAUGAAACAUUUACUACUUUGUUAUAGGAUUACUGUGGUAAUUUUAGUCAUGUCCUAGAAAAUUAAGUCACUUACUUUGCCUCUGGCACCUCUACCUGUUGUGUCACUUAUCAUGCUCUAGGGUAACAUAACAGAAUGUGAGUUGGAACCUUAGGAACAAGCCAAAGACCAGAACUAAAUCAAAUGGCUAGCCAUUGUUAAAGACUGAAUAUGGCAAAAAAAAAAAAGGGCAUUCAUAUUUUAAUCUUCUGCACCAAAGAGCAAAUCAGCCAAAACAGUUAUUUAGGCCCAUUCCAGAAAUUUAAUGUUUCUUUUAUACUUGCACCUUUAAUUCUUUUAUCUCUUGAUUUUCUGCUUUGCCAAUACUCAAAUGCUAGUUGACAAAUUAUCAGUGGUCUCUGCUCCUGGGUUCUGAAGCUUUGGAGGAAAUAACAUGGUUGUCCUAAAAAUAUGUUCUUUAAUUCAGAUGAGUCUUGGAGGCUGACCAGCAGUCCCUUUAUGUUCCUAAGUCAAGUCACUUUUCAAUGCUCCUCAGACAGUUUUCGGAUCUCUACUGCUUUAUACAAUUUCCCAUAUCCAUCCUUAAUUGAGGAAGUAGAAGUUGGGGAGUAAAUUGCAUUAACAUCCUCUCUUUGUACUGCUAAUUACAAGUACAAGGUAAAGGGAAGAGUGGCUGGAGAGGAGAUGGUCAUGCUAAGUACUGGACAUGUUAUUCAAACAAAGGAAGGUUUUGGAGGAUUUAAGUAAGGAGCUGAUUUUCCUAGUCCUGGGAUUAGAGGUGUAGAUCGUGUAGAAGGAAGACAUUUCGAUCGAGACCUCAGACAUCUUCAAUCUAAUUCAACAAGCCAAACAUGCUGCUGAUGUUCAUCAACACAUCUGCAUUGUGGUGCCAGUGACUGUCUAUGUUAAUUAACCCCCCAAUUCUGUCCACCAUCCACCUGCCUCAGAAUUAUGUGGGAAGGUUUAUAAAAUAGAGAUUGAUAGGCUCUGUUCCCAUGAGAACCUAGUUCUGUGAUGUGGGCUCAGAUAAUCUGUAUUUUUUAUAAGGUCUCAAACUGAUUUUGAUCAUUAGUUUUGUUUGAGAAUACUAAUGGGAAAAGAGGUGUGGAGCUGAGCUAUUCAGAACCUCAGAAAGAUAAAGCAGGAAAGGUGAGAGCAUGGGCCUGUUUCAGGGUAAUAGCUAGUGAAAUUCAUUCUCCACACUGAUGCCGGUCUUUCUGAAAUAUAAAUCUGACCAUAUCAUGUAUAAACUUUCAAUGACUCCCCAUCACUGAUAGGGUGAAUUCCAUCUUCUUAGAAUGACAUAUUAAACUUUGUGAUCUAGCCCUGCUUUCCCUCUGUAGCCUCAGAUUUUCCACAUCCCCUGCAGCCAUACUUAACUACUUUAGUUCCCUAAAGGAGCUAUGAUUUAUAGCUUUAUCAGUUAUAGAUAUGACUUCCUUAGCAUAGAACAUCUCUCAUUCUGUUUUGUCUAGCACAGACUACUUAGAUGUUGUUGGCUCUAGGAAAGCUUCCCUCAGCCCCUAGUUGCUGGGUUAGGUGCCCUUACUCUGUGCUGCCUUCAUACCCCCUGCUUGACAUCACAGCCCUCUCAUGUGGUAUUGUAAUCAAGGCUACUUGCUAUUUCCUCUGUUAAAUUCUGAGCUCUUUAAUGGAGCAUUCAUGGUUAGAGUCUCAGUCAUAGGCAUAGGUCCUAGUAAAGCAGAACUCAAGCUUUUGUUGAAAGUAUAAAAAAUGGUAUUAUAAGUAGAAAGACUUAGGGGCGGUCUAGGUUUCUGGCAUCAAACAUGAAUCAGAGCAAAGCAGCAGGUAGAAAAACCAAGUUUCUGCAGUUGCAUGAGCACUGGGAUGUGCAAGACUGUCAAAACUGUGAUAAGACAACACAAACUCAUAAGAACUUGGAAAUGCACAGAAACAAGAAGGCAGUGAGUUCAAGGAUCAAGCAUCUGGGAGGAGAUUGUAGCAAGGAAAUUAGUUUCUGAGGUGAAAUGCUGCCUAAUUAGGAAAUCUCUUUCUAAUAGGAGCCAACCCAAAGGCAUGACCAACUCAAAGCCCAUAGCUUCAUAAGAUGAGAGGGGAGAUUUCAUCAGAGAUAUAUAUUAAAAUUGUAGGUAGGUCUACAAAGCAACUCCUAAUCCUCUUUCAUUUUCUGCUAUGCAACAAAUCCAAAGAAACAAACUAGGUUAUAGAUGAAGUUAAUCCUUCUGUGAACAUUGAAUACAAGUAGAAAGUGCUCACCUGUACUUCACAGAUGAAUUAAUUGCAAACAUACUUGCAAUUCUAGAUGAACUUUGGAGGACCCCUUAGCUUAUGUAGUAAUUCAUGAAUGGGUGCAGUCUUCACCUACCUCCUCUUCUGAGAACCUGAGCCACCACUCCUAAACAUCAGCAAAGGAGCAUACCAAGUCUUAAGGGGUCAGCAAUUUUAUAGAUUUGGGGCCAUCAUAAAAAUAUUAGACAAAAUGAAUAAGGUCAUCAAUGUGAAAGAUGAUCUGCUUUGUAUUAUGGACACAUUUUGGCUCAAUCCUGUUUUUUUUUCUUUCUACCAUUUCCUGAAACUGGCCUGCUUUGAGUGAUGUAUUGGGGAGAAGACCUGUGUCAGAUAUAUUCAGCUGCCUGUCAUGAGUAAUUAAAACCAGUUGUGUUAUGCUUUCCUUAGUUCCAGCUGACUCUUUGAUGCUUUGGUGUCCAUGCCAGAAAACUACCUCUUACAAUCAUCAGAGGCCAGUGUUUUUGCAGAGGUCAUUGCAAGCUAAUUAAGCAAAUAUGUGAAAAAUAGUUUUAAAUUAUCUCAAUUAGUAGAGUGUGUGUAUAGAUGUAUCUAGAGUGGGGGUUGAGGAGAGACUUUCAAAAUAAUAACUGACUUGCAGAGUUAGUGAUUUGGUGACAGAGAACUAUGCAUAUAUGGUACUUUGUAAGUUCAUGAAGUUGGCAUGGUCUGACCUUUUGGUACAUGACAAGCAAAUAAACAUAUAGGAAAUGUCCAAGGAGAUCAUGGCUUUGUAAUGGGAAGGACAGAUACAUAAAUAAUAAUGAAUCAGGCCAAAAAGGACUACAAGAGAAGCAUGCACAAAGAAUUAAAGUAAUAUAGAGACCAGAAUGACUCACCACAUCUCUGGGAUUGGAGGGAUGCCAUACAGAUUCCAUUCAUCCAACAUUUUUUUAAUGUCUAUUAUGUGUCAUCCACGGCUUGAAGGUCUCAGGAUACCAUGGAAUCAAAUCCGAAGAUCCCUGGCCUUGUGGAGCCUGUAUUCUAGGAGAGUUGGGGAUGCAGUAAAUAUAAAUUAGUAAAUUACUUUUUAUGUUAGAAAGUAGUAAGUUUUGGAGAAAAAUGGUAAAAAUAGAGAAGAGUAAGGGGGAUUGAGAGUCAUGAAGGAAGGCUGUAAUUUCAAACAGUGAUCAGCACUGGCUUUCUUGAUGAGGUGACAUUUGAGCAAAGAAGUGAAGAGGGUAAGGGACAUUGGCUGUGUGGAUGUCUGAGGGAGGAAGGGACAGCCAGUGCAAAUGCCCCAUAUCUUGAGUAUGCCUGGCCUAUUUGAGGAACAGCAAUGAGGUCAGUGCAGCUGCAGCAGGGUGGGUGAAAGAGAAAGUGCAAUAAAGUAUGGGAUUUAGGGAUAUGACUGGCCAGAUCAUGUAUGGUCUCAAAGACCUGGAAGGAGUUUUUACUCUGAUCCAGAAGGGGAAAGAUUACAGAAUUUUGAGCAGAAAAGUGAUGAUCUGAUUUGAGAAAAGAACACUGGAUGGAAGCAAGGAGACCAAGUAGAUCAGGAAUUGGUAAACUGUGACUCAUGUUCCGAAUUCAGCUUGUUGCUUUCGAGUAAAUACACUUUUAUUCAAAUACACCUGUGUCCAUUUGCAUUAUAACAGCAGAGAUGAGUAGUUGCCAAAAUGACUGUAUGCCUGUAAAGCAGAAAAUAUUUACUAUAUGGCCCUUUACAAAAAAACAAAACGAAACAAAACAAAAAACCCAAACCUGUGCUGAUUCUUGAAUAAGGAGAAAAGUAAUGGUGGCUCAGACCAGGGUGGUGGCACUGACAGUGGAAAGAACUGUUUGGAUUCUAGAUAUAUUUGAAAUGAAAGCCAACUGUGUUUGCUGAAUGGUAUGUGUGGGAAUGUAAUAAAGAAAGAAGUUAAAGAUGAGUGUAAAAUUUUUGACCUGAACAUAGUUGCUAUCAUUUGAGAUAUGGAAAAUGGGUGGUGACUCAGUUUUCAUGGUGAGAGAUCAGGAAUCAGAAGAGCUUAAACCCAACAUUUCUGUGUUUUCAGAUUACAUCAAGUUAAGGAGUUGAGAAGCUGAGUGAAUGUGCAAGUCUGAUGCUCAGGAGAGAAUUCUGGGCUGGAGGUGGAAUAUCAGCAUAGAGUCAGUUUACCAGAAGAAUGAGUGAGAAUAGAGAGGAAAACAAUGGGCAAGCCCUAAGCAUGUCAACAUUAAGAGCUUGGAAGGAAGGAAAAAGUUGUAGGAGAGACUAAGGAGUAAGCAAUAAAGUAAAACAAGAAUGGGAUAUUCUGGAAGCCACUUGAAGAAAGGAUAUCAAGGGCAGGGAUGGAUUGUAUCCUAUCUCUCUGAUAAGUCAAGUAAGAGGAAAACUGAGGGAAAACAGUUUUGGUAGAGCAGGCAGGAAUAAAAACUGGCUUGCAGUCAUUUUAAGUGACUAUGGGAGGAAAGGAAUUACAGAGAAUGGAUAUAGACAACCUAUUCAAGGGGUUUUGCUAGUAAUUUGCAAACAAGGCAAUGUCAGUCAAGGGAAGUGGGGCAAGUGAAGGGUUUUGGUUUUGUUUUUAAAAUGGGAGAAAUGAAUUAUGUGUUUGUACAUUGAUGGGAAAGAUUUGGUAGGGAAGGAGGAAGUUGGGAUUUAGGAAAGGAAAUGGGAGAAUUGCUAGAGCAAUGUCAUUGAGUAACUAAGAAAGAUGGGAUCUAGUUUGCAAAUGGGGAGAUUGACUUUCAAUAGAUGCAUGUUUUUUGUUUUUUUUUUUAAGAUUUUAUUUAUUUAUUCAUGAGAGACAGAGAGAG